AACUUCACUGCUGCUGAGAGAAUGGCAGUCUUAACUCUUGAUCAAUUGGCUUUCAUUUUCGGCCUCUUGGGUAAUAUUGUAUCAUUCCUGGUGUUCUUGGCGCCAGUGCCAACCUUUUACAAAAUUUACCAGAAGAAAUCAUCAGAAGGGUAUCAAUCAAUACCCUAUGUGGUGGCACUCUUCAGUGCAACGUUAUUGUUGUAUUAUGCUUUUAUCAAGACAAAUGCAAAUAUGAUUGUCAGCAUUAAUGGCAUUGGAUGUGUUAUUGAAAUUACCUACCUUACCUUGUACAUAAUAUAUGCACCUAAGAAGGGCAAGAUGUUCACAUUAAGUUUUAUAUUCAUAUUCAACAUAGGGGUCUUUGGCUUGAUAAUGCUACUUACCACAUUACUAGUCAAGGGUCCUAAGAGGGUAGCAGUUGUGGGGUGGAUUUGUGCUGCUAUCAACCUGGCUGUUUUUGCCUCUCCUCUAAGUAUCAUGAGGCAAGUGAUUAGAACGAAGAGCGUGGAGUUCAUGCCAUUCACUCUAUCAUUUUUUCUCACAAUCUGUGCAACCAUGUGGUUCUUCUAUGGAUUCUUCGUGAAGGAUUUCUACAUUGCACUACCAAAUGUGAUGGGUUUUUUAUUUGGAAUUGUCCAAAUGAUACUGUACUUCAUAUACAAAGACACGAACAAGGAUGUCAAAAUGAAUUCGAAGCUGCAGCAUGAUGGGACGACAGGGACUGCAGAGAUGAAGAUGAACUCGGUAGUAAUGGAGAUUAAUCCAAAGUCUUGUGUUGAUGUUGAUGAUGAUCAACAAGAAGAUGCAGGUUUGGAGGUUAAGGUGACAAUUUGUGAGGAACCAAAGAAAGCAAAUGAGUCCUUAAGCUUUACAGUUAAGGGAAGUUUGAGAGAAGCUUCGUUUUAG